AUGUGGAAGAUGAGGAACGCAGGCACUGAUUUGACUACUGUUCAUAAUGAUUGCUUUUAUAAUGCGGGAUGGACAGGGGAUGUACGUGAAGUCAUUACGUAUCUACAUCAAGAAUACCCAGAAGCUCCAUUAAUUGUUGUGGGAACUAGUAUUGGUGCAAUUGUUUUGUGUUGGUUUGAUGUAGUCGUCGAAGAAGCAGUGGUGCGAGGUCGACUUCAAAAAUGGUCACCGAUGAAGCAGCAAUGUGGUGUGAGGUGGACUCCAAAAAAGGAAACGAGAGCACAACCGGCCGGAGAUGGAGACGAGAGCGCCGCCGGCCGAUUUGAUUUUGAAUCACCACUGGAGAGUUUAGGCUAG